AUGCAGGCAGUAGCUUUGAGCAUUGCGCCACCCCUUCUCCCUAAUUUCUCUCCCUCCAAAAAACUUGUGGUAAGUUCCUCUCCAAGGCAAGGCCGCUCAAUUGCUUCCUGUAGCGCUCCGUUGAACACCAAAGCAAUUUGCACUUAUGGCAGUGUGUUUCCGGCAGAGGCAUGUGAGACAAUUGGCGGAGAUGCGUGUCGGGCAAAUAUAUACCCUGAAGUAAAGCUACAAUCAGAGGCCAGAAACGACUUUCCAAGGACCGCAACAGAGUUGAUUGACAGAGAAUAUCUCGAGUACAAUGAUGCAAAAACAGUUUUCUGUGCUGAGGCUUGCGAUGAUCUGGGUGGAGAAUUCUGUGGCCGAGAGUAUCAAAGGGAAGUGUAUUAGAAACAACUGACCAAUCCAUGUGGUUCUAGUGUCCAGUAACACCAGGAUCGUUCAACAUUCAGGAUUUCCUAUGUAUAUAUACUUGAUUUUUACUUGUCUAUGUAACUACUUAUACUUUCCUUAAUGAUAUAUAGUUCCAUUUGGAUAAGAAAAGAAUAAAAAUUCUAUACGUCUUUGCAACAGCUGCCAAUAAUAUUAUGUACAGUACAAUAAUCAAGUUUCUUGAGCCUUACCGGCAGAGAACC